AAGGAAAGACCCCGGCGUCUGGCAUCUUGCCUCUUGCCCAACCUGGCGAGAAAAUGUAGAGACCGAGGAAGAGGUGCAGGAUGAUUGGCGUUAUUUACUGAGGGAAUGGACGACAGGGAAUGUGGUGUGGCUGCGCACAGGAAAGCGGGGGACAGAGAAUUUGGAGUGGACUCUGUAGACCGCUCGGGCGUUUAACGAGGACACCUUAUUGGGUCCUUUCUCACUGCCUCCGUGAGGCGGUGGCGCUCCUUACCUGCUCCCGGCCGAGGCUGCUGAGGUGCAUCAGACCACCAAUACAUGAAUUUCUGCCGUUUCUUGGCAAAAAUGGCAACCAGUGAUGCUGUUCUGAAGAGAUUGGAGCAGAAGGGUGCAGAAGCAGAUCAAAUUAUUGAAUAUCUUAAGCAACAAGUUGCUCUUCUUAAGGAGAAAGCAAUUUUGCAGGCAACUUUGAGAGAAGAGAAGAAACUUCGAGUGGAAAAUGCUAAAUUGAAGAAGGAAAUUGAAGGAUUGAAACAAGAGCUAAUUAAGGCAGAAAUUCAAAAUGGAGUAAAACAAAUACCAUUUCCAUCUGGUACUCCACUAAAAACUGAUUCCACAGUUUCUGAAAAUGAGAUACAGUCUAUACCAAUAACCAUAUCUUCUGGUGCUAAAGAGCAAGUAAAAGGAGGAGGAGAAGGAGAAGAAAAGAAGAUGAAAGAGAAAACUGAAAAGAAAGGAGAGAAAAAGGAGAAAAAACAGCAACCAGUAGCAGGAAGUGCUGACUCUAAGCCUGUUGAUGUUUCCCGUCUGGAUCUUCGAAUUGGUUGUAUCAUCACUGCCAGAAAACACCCUGAUGCAGAUUCUUUGUAUGUAGAAGAAGUAGAUGUUGGAGAAACAGCCCCAAGAACAGUGGUCAGUGGCCUGGUGAAUCAUGUUCCUCUUGAACAGAUGCAAAAUCGGAUGGUGGUUUUACUUUGUAACCUGAAACCUGCAAAGAUGAGGGGAGUAGUAUCUCAGGCAAUGGUGAUGUGUGCAAGUUCACCAGAGAAAGUAGAAAUCUUGGCACCUCCUAAUGGAUCUGUUCCUGGGGACAGAAUUACUUUUGAUGCUUUCCCUGGAGAGCCUGACAAGGAGCUGAAUCCUAAGAAGAAGAUUUGGGAGCAGAUCCAGCCUGAUCUUUACACUAAUGAUGUAUGCGUGGCUACAUACAAAGGCGCUCCCUUUGAGGUGAAAGGGAAGGGAGUGUGUAGGGCUCAAACUAUGGCCAACAGUGGAAUAAAAUAAAACACUUCAGUUUCUGAAAUACUUUAGAGAAAGCAAUAAAAAGAAAUACAUUUGUCACUCAUACCUAAAAUA